AUUUAGAGAUUUGUGCAUUCGUAACAAAGUUCGCAGUGCAGGGUCAAUCAGAUAACGGAGCGGUAUAUCGAGUGUCCACACCGCCCAUCUAAACGAGUUCCGGGGGCUGCCGGUUCGAAUUAGGAGUGCAUACUUCUGGCAAUGAAUUGACGCGGGGUGUUGACGUCAUUAUCCAGGGCGCUUUAGUUUGACGUUACCAAAUCUCUCCUCCAAUCAGAUAAUACUUCGAGGGAGACGCAGCACUAGAGGAGCUCUUUGGUUCCGUCUCUGUCGGUUAUCGCCAUUGUCACUGCAUUGCAACAGAAAAAAGGGAUGGCGAAAGCGAAAGCAUUUAUACAAUACUUCCCGAUUUACUAGCGUUCUGCGCCAAAUCUGCAUUAUAUCAGUUGUGCAUAACUAAAGUGGCUACUUUCAAAACAAUUUUUGAAUGCCCGAGCUAAUGUUGCUAGUAAAAGUGUUGCUGACUUAUGAAUUGAUGUGAACAUAUUAUUACUGGGUUCUAUGCUGUAAAUUCGUGUUGGACGUACUUCAAAAGUCAUAAAUCACAAAACUACCAAGUAAAAUCAAACGAUUAAGCUUCCUGACUUUUUGGGCACUGUCGUGUUACCUGAGCAAUAAAAUAUUAUAAUUAUUGUAAGAGAAUUACCUAAUACUAUACACAGCUGACCAUUUACAGUAUAGUUGAGAAUUAUAUUGGAUUACCCCCCCCCCCCCCCCCACACACACACACACACCCCUCCCCUUUACUUUCUGCAAAUUUGCUUUAUACAACAAUAAGACUUUGUUUCCGUUUAAGUUAUAUGUAUUUUUUAUUAAAAAAAUAGCCCCGUAUAAUUUAAAUGGGGAAAUCGCCUCAAUAUAGCAGGAAGUGCCUCCAGUAUUGGAUUUCUGCUGGAGGCUGAUCGGUCAGUAGCCCACGCAAAUGGGAUCUUUAUUGAUCCGCGUCGUUUCUCCUUUCCCGGUUCUCACUCUGGUCCCACGGCAGGUCGAUGAGGCUGACUGCGAAACGCCUCUUCAGAUGAUGAUAGAAGCUGCUGAGGAUUUAGGCAUCGUUCCCCUCUGCCGACAAACCAGAGACCAAACAUGAAUGCGGGAUUCGUCGCUUUAUUAACAGCCGCGCUUUUCGCCCCGAAUAGUGUCUUCUGUCAUUCCAGUAGCGCCCCUUCAUUCAUCCUGCCGUUCACCGACUGCAUUCAGAGCCGUGGGAAAGGCGGCUUCUACCAGGGAGCGAUAGACGUCACCGAGUCCGGCACCCGGUGCAUGAACUGGACCGAAGUGGACGGCUUCAGGGAACGCUACCCGGGCAAGGGAUUGGGAGAACACAGUCGGUGUCGCAACCCGGACGGCAGGAUUCGACCCUGGUGCUUUUUCAGGAACCACAAAGGACGCGUGGACUGGGGUUACUGUGACUGUAAACAAGGCUCUGUGCGUCUGCAAGGAGGCCGCUCCAAGCUCGACGGCAGGGUAGAAGUCUACCUGGGAGGAGUGUGGGGCUCCGUCUGUAGCGAUGGCUGGGGGGACGUAGACGCAGCAGUGGUCUGCAGACAGCUGGGCAAGGGGAUCUCCGGUCGAGCACGGGAAGUUCCCCUGUUUCGUCCGAGCAUGGUCAAACUACAUUGGAGGGCGGUCCAUUGCCAGGGAGAGGAGGCAGACCUGCUCCAGUGUCCUAAGACUACGUGGAAUGGGGGGGAAUGUCCCCUGGUUGCUGCCGUCACUUGCAUACAACACCAAGCAGUAGUGGCGCUCCCUAUACGGCUGGUAGGAGGGCAAUCACAGUCUGAGGGCACAGUGGAGGUAUUCCAUGCAGGACAGUGGGGUUCCGUAUGUGAUGACCAAUGGGACAACAGCGAUGCAGAGGUUGUGUGUCGACAGUUGGGGCUGAGCGGUGUGGCAAGGGCCUGGGGCCAGGCACAUUUUGGCAAGGGUUCAGGUCAUGUGUUGCUGGACGAGGUGCGUUGCACGGGCAAUGAGCUCACUCUGGAGCAGUGUCCAAAAAGUGCCUGGGGGGAACAUAACUGUCUGCACUCUGAAGAUGCAGGAGUGUCCUGUAACCCUCUUACAGAUGGUUCUGUUAGGUUGUUAGGGGGCACGCGCAGAUACGAGGGGCGCUUAGAAGUAUUUUACGGCGGUCGCUGGGGAACAGUGUGCGAUGACGGCUGGACAGACUCAAACACACAGGUCGUUUGUCGACAACUUGGUUACAGAUUAGGUGAGACACUCCUUUCCGAAGGACUGGACAUCACACCAGUCCAACGCUUCGGGGUGGGGUCAGGUCCCAUUCUUUUGGAUGAUGUGAGCUGCACAGGGAAAGAGCCUGGCCUGCUCCUGUGCAGCAGGAAGGAGUGGCUCCGUCAUGAUUGCACACACCAUGAAGAUGUUAACAUCAAAUGUAACCCUGAUCGCAUUGGAGAGAGUCUUCCAGCAAGUGUGCCGAUGAGACUUGUGGGAGGAGAGAGCCCGAGAGAAGGCAGAGUGGAGCUCUAUCUGUCUGGACAAUGGGGGACUGUAUGUGAUGACGGAUGGACUGAUCGUGACGCCGAGGUGGUGUGCCGACAGUUAGGAUACAGUGGCGUGGCAAAGGCCCGUGUGAUGGCGUACUUUGGGGAAGGGACAGGGCCCAUCCACGUGGACAACGUGAAGUGCAGCGGCGAGGAGCGUUCGAUAGCAGAUUGCAUCAAACAGCCACCCGGGACACACAACUGUCGCCAUAGUGAGGAUGCCGGGGUCAUCUGUGACUAUGGGGAACCACAGCACAGCUACAAAGAGGUCAAAGAUCCUGUCAACUCAAUUUGUGGUCUGCGGCUCAAACACACUCGCCAGCGGCGAAUCAUAGGAGGAGCAAACUCUCUGAGGGGUGGCUGGCCCUGGCAGGCUGCGGUUCGACUGCGAGGAUCUCGAGGGGACGGGAGGUUGGUGUGUGGAGCGACUGUCAUUGAUACCUGCUGGGUCCUCACCUCGGCUCACUGCUUCAAAAGGUACGGAAACAGCACCAAGCAGUAUAAAGUUAGAGUGGGUGACUACCACACCCUCGUCCUCGAGGAAUAUGAAGAGGAGUACGGCGUCGAUCAGAUUGUCCUCCACCCCAGCUACCACUCCCACAGCAACGAUUACGACCUGGCCCUGGUCCGCCUGUCACCGGGGGCAGUGGGCCAGACGCCGGGGGAGUGCGUUUCGUUCAGCCGCCAUGUUCUUCCUGCCUGUCUGCCCGUGAGGAAAGAAAGAGUGCUCAAACAGGCCAGCAACUGUCACAUUACCGGCUGGGGUGACACUGGCCGUUCGUACUCCAAGACCCUGCAGCAGGCGCCCCUCUCCUUGCUCCCCCGCCGUCACUGCCAGCAACAUUUCCACAGCGCCUUCACAAGCCGCAUGCUGUGCGCCGGAAGCAUCCAGUCGGAGAGGCGCGUGGACAGUUGCCGUGGCGAUAGUGGAGGUCCACUUGUGUGUGAGCGUCCGGGAGGGGGUUGGGUGGUUUACGGGGUCACGUCCUGGGGCCACGCCUGCAGGACACAGCGGUCUCCUGGCGUCUACACGAAAGUCUCUGCUUUCAGCUCGUGGAUACGCAAGGUGAUUGGACGUGAUGAGAGAAAAGAGAAGAAAAAAAAAAACUCCGAAAGGUAACUGACUCGUGAAGACAAAUAAAUUCAUGAUCAGAGAGAUCAGAGUGACUUCCGUGAUUAACUGGUCAGGUGACAUCUGAUACAACAAGAGAUGUUAGGAUUAACUGAUGUGCCGAUGAUAGCAGCUGAUGAUACGGUCAUGUAAGUCCAUCCUGAUUAACAAUCAACCUUUUACGAAAAUAUUUCAUAUUUUUUAGAAUGGAAGUCCUUUCAUUCUUUUAUUGAUCUUAAUCCUGAGGCACUUAUUUGAAUGAUUUAAUGUUCUCUUGAGCUGCAAGUAUUUAACUGGAGUUAAAUGUCCUCUCAAGAAAACGGCAAAUGUGUAACUCAAAUGUAUUUUUGUUUUGACUGACAUUGAACAAUACACUAAAUUGUGUAUUUUUUUACAAUAAUUGUUUUAUUUUAUUUGAUUGUUUUUUGUUAUAAAAUUAUAAUGUAAUUUAUGAUGUGAAACAUGUGUUUAAAAAUGUUUUAAAGGGACCAGAAAAAACAGUACUCAAUCAUGCGUGCACAGCAAGUAUCUGGCAUGAUAUCCCUUUGCAGACCUGCACUAUGAACCCCUCUUUAGUUACUUAAUGCACAACAGUCUGGUCUUUUGUGUUAAGUAUUCAAGUCAUAAUGACAAUUCCCAAACCGAACUAUGUGUUUCAACCUCUUUAUCUUUAUCUGUAUCAUUGUUCACAUAACGUUUGACCAUUGUGCUCAUUGUUUUGCUGUGUAAAAAGCAGAUUAUACGUCUUUGUAAUUUCUCAGCCAUUCAUAAUAGGUCAGUAUUUGUCCUUGUUUCUUGUUCCCAGUGCUGCUCGACAUUUGCAGAGAAAUGGAGGGACUACUUUCUAAAGUCUAAGGGCCUCUUGUACUAACGCUUUUGUGCCCAUUUCAGACAUAUUUGUUUAGCAAUGUGGGCGUAAAAGCCUGCCGAGGUAUGUUCAAACCUCGCACUGAGAUAAAAGCACACACUGCCUGUCACGGAAACUGACGCUCACAAAAAGUGGGAGGUUUCCAUAAAGGCUUAAAUAUUCUGUUUUCAGGCGUAAAGUGCGUCUGAAUAUAGAUUCCGCGCUGUGUACAGAAACCGCCCGUCGAACCGGUUGUAAACCAGAGUGGGGGUUUCCUCACAUACGCCUCCUGGUGAAAAUGGCGGCAGUCAUCCGAGCCAGAAGGCGACAUAGGCCAAGGAGAUGAGAUAAAGGGUUUUUUUCCCAUGAGCAUCACACUUUUACAGUUGAGGGAACACAAAAAGAUUACGCGUUACAGAUUAAGCAUGACCACGCAUUGUUACAGUUACUGGAAGAAAUCAAAGAUGACAUCGCUUCUCCGAGCAUUGCAUUCCAUUCCGACAUUUACUCCUCACUACAUUACAAUUACAUAACAUCAUAACAUCAGCAGUGGGAAUAUCGCAGUCUGCACAAUGUAGGUACAUGCGGCAGCCUUUCCUUGUGGUCAUUUGUCAUAUUGGUACAGUUGAUUGGUGUAGUUGUGUAAAAGUCCCAGAUUUUACAACACUGAAUGGAGAGAAUGCUGAUGUGAAUGAUGUGUUGUUGUUUCAUGUAGUGUAACAUUUCUUCAAAAAUCUUUUUACAUUUUUUUAUUUGUUGUUGUGUGUUAAGGUAAGACGUUCAAAGUUUUGAGUCAUAAUGACUGUAGUCUGCUAAUGUAAAAACGUGUACUGUAUGUUCUUUCGAAAUUGUUGUCAUUCCUUCACAGCAGACGGGUAACUGACUGACGCACACACACACACACACCCACGCGUCACUUGUUUUUCACAGAGGUUAUGGGAAAACCAGCGAUAUAUCUAGUUGUCCUCGUUGACAAGUCAAAUAAAAAUCAUUUUGACCGAACAAAGAUUUGAGAACGGGAAAGACAGCUAGAGUGAGUAGCAACAAACGUACAAAUGUUGACAAUAUAGCGACUAUACAUUUUAGGUCUUUGAAACUACUGGCUACUAAUUAGGCAGACUUGUUUAGUGAUGUGCUGAUAAAACUAUAAACCAUGUUUCCAAUACUUUAUAUUCCUGCAUUUAUUGUUCGAUCUAGACUCUGUGAGUGUCUGUCCCUGCCAAGUCUAGACAAGUCGUUUAAACAAGUAACACUGUGAACCCCUGCAGCUACUUGCCAGAAAUGGCCUUUAAAAGGGACUAUUCAGCUAAAACACAGUUGUACUUUGUGAGAUGGUCCUCUAGUGGUCAUUAUCGUGUACUACAAAACAUGGUUAUAUAUGAUUCUAUGAGCCAUUUAAAAAUAUAAAUUAAAUAGAAAGCAAACUCUGGAUAAAAAUCUAGAUAUACAUAAUAAUUAAAUGAAUGUAAUCUGAAAUCUGAAAGUUUAAACAAUUUUUCAGUUUAUUUUUACUUUUCUUAUGUUAGUUUUGAUGCUUUUGCCUACUGAUUUAGAUUUUCCGACUUCAUUAAUAUUCCAAUAAUUUAACAUGAGGAAGUAGACUACCAUUGACUUUAUAAUGAAUGUAGUACCGUUGAACUAUAUUAUUGUAUUUGCUAUUUUGACUGAACCUUUAGCUGUAGUCCUCAGCACUUAUGAGCCUAUAUUAGAUGUCACAAUAGGUGGUUAAGAACCGUAAGUCUCAUUAUACACAGGUCAUGUACUUCUCCUAAUGUCUAUUUCAUCCAUUAACUUUGGCAACAUGUGGGAAAAAGAGUUGGGAGCCAUCUGACGAUA